CGGGAGGGCGGAGACGGGGCCGGAGGGAGAAGCUUGCGCUACGGAAGCCUGCAGGGGAGAGCAGGGUCUGCUGCCCGAUUUGGGGUCGCGAUGCCCAGUGCCAACGCCAGCCGCAAGAGUCAGGAGAAGCCGCGGGAGAUCCUGGACGCGGCCGAAGAUUAUGCUAAGGAGAGAUAUGGAAUAUCUUCAAUGAUACAGUCACAAGAAAAACCAGAUCGAGUGUUAGUUUCGGUUAAAGACUUGACCGUACAAAAAGCUGAUGAAGUUGUUUGGGUGCGUGGGAGAGUUCACACAAGCAGAGCUAAAGGGAAGCAGUGCUUCUUAGUCCUUCGUCAGCAGCAGUUUAAUGUCCAGGCUCUUGUGGCAGUGGGAGACCAUGCAAGCAAGCAGAUGGUUAAAUUUGCUGCCAACAUUAACAAAGAAAGCAUCGUUGAUGUAGAAGGCGUUGUGAGAAAAGUGAAUCAGAAAAUUGGAAGCUGUACACAGCAAGAUGUUGAGUUACAUGUUCAGAAGAUUUAUGUGAUCAGUUUGGCUGAGCCCCGCCUGCCCCUGCAGCUGGAUGAUGCCAUUCGACCUGAAGUGGAGGGAGAAGAGGAGGGAAGAGCUACAGUUAACCAAGAUACAAGAUUAGACAACAGAGUCAUUGAUCUUAGGACGUCAACUAGUCAGGCAGUCUUCCGUCUCCAGUCUGGAAUCUGCCAUCUCUUCCGAGAAACUUUAAUUAACAAAGGUUUUGUGGAAAUCCAAACUCCUAAGAUUAUUUCAGCUGCCAGCGAAGGAGGAGCCAAUGUAUUUACUGUGUCAUACUUUAAGAAUAAUGCAUACCUGGCUCAGUCCCCACAGCUGUACAAGCAGAUGUGCAUCUGUGCUGACUUUGACAAGGUUUUCUGUAUUGGACCAGUAUUCAGAGCUGAAGACUCUAACACUCAUAGACAUCUAACUGAAUUUGUUGGUUUGGACAUUGAAAUGGCUUUCAAUUACCAUUAUCAUGAAGUUAUGGAAGAAAUUGCUGACACUUUGGUACAAAUAUUCAAAGGACUUCAGGAAAGGUUUCAGACCGAAAUUCAAAUGGUGAAUAAACAGUUUCCUUGUGAGCCAUUCAAAUUUCUGGAACCAACUUUAAGACUGGAAUAUUGUGAGGCAUUGGCUAUGCUUAGAGAAGCUGGAGUUGAAAUGGGAGAUGAAGAUGAUCUGAGUACACCAAAUGAAAAGCUGUUGGGUCGUUUGGUAAAGGAAAAGUAUGAUACAGAUUUUUAUAUUCUUGAUAAGUAUCCAUUGGCUGUAAGACCUUUUUAUACCAUGCCUGACCCAAGAAAUCCUAAACAGUCCAACUCUUAUGAUAUGUUCAUGAGAGGAGAAGAAAUAUUAUCAGGAGCUCAAAGAAUACAUGAUCCUCAGCUAUUGACAGAAAGAGCCUUACAUCAUGGGAUUGAUUUGGAGAAAAUUAAAGCUUACAUUGAUUCCUUUCGCUUUGGAGCUCCUCCUCAUGCUGGUGGAGGCAUUGGGUUGGAACGAGUGACCAUGCUGUUCUUGGGUUUGCAUAAUGUUCGCCAGACCUCGAUGUUCCCUCGUGACCCCAAACGACUCACUCCUUAAAGAAAACUAGGCUUUUGAUUCUUUCCAGUAACUUGCUACUGAUCAGGCUACGCCUUAGGUACUUAAAAUACACCUUGUAAUAAAUGUCUUAUCAGAAGUGCCACAAUUAUUUUUGAAUUAGUAUAGCUUGGUUUAAAAGAGAAGAAUUUUUUAAUAAAUUUUGACAUGCUUCAGUAGGAAAUACUGAAACAUUUUUUAACAAAUUCAUAUGGUUACGUUGAAAAUUUAUAUUCUGUUACUAUAAUAAACACUUAAGAAUUUUAAGCAGUGAAGAUUUGUGCAGUUUUUUAAUUUUUUAUAUUAUGUUGGCACAGUAUUAAUGUUUUAAAAUUUUAAACAUUUGAACUUAUUUCUUAAAACUCUGACACUGAGAUAAUAGUCAGUGAAGUAUCUGAGAUUUUAAUUAAUGUAUUGCCAGUCUCAUGAAACCUUAAGCAGAAAACUAUGUUCAGAAAUUAUGUAAAGCAGGUGAAAAUAAUUUGUUAGAAAAUAUUCAGUAUAUUAUUAAAUUGUUAUUCUACAACUUAAUUUCAAUAAAAUUUCAAAGCUAA